AUGAAGCUCACAAAGUCCCUCCCCUUUCCCUGGGCCACGUCAUCAUAGUUGCAAACAAACAUGGCGUCGCCCUGCACCGGCUCGUCCUGUCUCACUCUCUUUGCGCUGGUCGCGGCACUUUUUGCGGUGUUUUGUGUGACAAGGCCGGUGUCACCUCGGCUCGUUGGUCUCACGGUGGUGUCCGGGCUGUUGUUGCUGUGGCUGCGGAGUUUGCGGCAGCGGGACGCCGGGACCGAGCGGCGGGUGUGCGCGCUGGUGCUGGGGGACAUCGGUCGCAGCCCCCGAAUGCAGUACCACUGCUUGUCCCUGAGCAGACAUGGAUAUGAGGUGACGUUUGUCGGGUUUUUAGACUCCAAACCUCACCAGGACGUCCUGAGAGAGGAUAAAAUCAGGAUAGUCCCCAUAGCAGAGGUGAAAGGUGUUCGAGUGGGACCAAAGCUCCUCACGUAUGUGACGAAGGUGAUUGUUCAGUGUCUGCAGCUUUGCUCUGUGCUGCUGAGGAUGGAACUGCAUUCUCACAUUCUACUGCAGAAUCCCCCUGGUCUGCCCACUAUCGCAGUGGCCUGGUUAGUGUGUGUCCUGCGCGGCAGCAGAUUGAUCAUCGACUGGCACAACUAUGGCUACACCAUCAUGGCCCUGAGUCACGGACAGAGACACCCGGUGGUCAGAUUGGCGAAGUGGUACGAGCACUUCUUCGGCCCUCUGGCCACUCACAACCUGUGUGUUACCAACGCCAUGAAGGACGACCUGCAGAAAAACUGGGGCAUCAAAGCGACAACUCUUUACGACAGACCAGCCUCCAUCUUCAGAGAGACUCCACUGAAGCUGCAGCACGAGCUCUUCGUGAGACUGGCCAACACUUAUCCUCAGUUUCAGCACAGAAGUUCUGAGGAUGUGGAGGUGGAGGCGGAGAACUCGAUCUUCUCAGUCCGUGAUCUCACUGACGUAUCUGUGACCUUGAGGAAGGAGCGGCCGGCUCUGCUGGUCAGUAGCACCAGCUGGACAGAGGAUGAAGACUUCUCUGUCCUGCUGAAGGCUCUUGAAGAGUAUGAAGGGUUCAUUAAAGAUGGAGCUUCGUUACCAUCUUUAGUCUGUGCGAUCACAGGUAAAGGUCCUCAGAAAGAACACUACAGGAAGCUGAUAGACUCUCUCAAUCUAGAGCAUGUGAAGAUCUGCACUCCCUGGCUGGAGGCAGAAGAUUAUCCUGUUUUAUUAGGUUCAGCAGACCUGGGUGUUUGUCUCCACAUGUCGUCCAGCGGUCUGGAUCUGCCCAUGAAGGUGGUGGACAUGUUCGGCUGCUGUCUGCCCGUCUGCGCCAUCAAAUUCGACUGUUUACAUGAGCUGGUCAAAGACAAGGAGAAUGGACUCAUCUUCACUGACUCUCAGGAGCUCGCUGAGCAGCUCAAGUCUCUCCUGUCAGAGUUUCCCAGUUCAGCAGGCAGACUGGAUUCGUUCAGGAGGUACCUCCGCACCAGCAGAGGGCAGCGCUGGGGCGACAACUGGGACCAGAACGUCCUGCCUCUAAUCACUGCAGAGAGAUAAACAUCAGGUUUGCUUUUUUUUGAAGGACUUUAUAUAUUUCAGAUAAAAAAUUGUACGGUGACUUCACGGUGAAGAGGAGCAAGUCAGACCAUGUGAUGAUGAUAAUAGUAAAUUCUCACCUGUAAAAUAAAACAGACGUGUUGUCAGUUGAGCAGGUAGUAAUCUUCUUGUUUCAAUAGAGAAAAUGAAUGAACUGGUUAAUUUUGUGACUUCUGUAAUAUCAUCAUGGUUUUACUACCAGCAUCAUGAACUUCAGGCGCAGUACUCCAAACUAGUUCCAAUGCACCAAAUGAACAUCCUCAUCGUUCAAGGUUCAUAUCGGAGGUGAAGACGACAAGCAGUCCUGUGAGAUGCUUCCUCUUCUUUUUCUUCUUCUAUUGUUUAAUGUCUCAACUUCCUACAAUUGGUCAGAAAGUCCAAACAAUGCACAAAAAAAAUGUUUUCCACUGAAAACCAACUAAUCCUGGUUCAGUUUGAUCAGGACCAAAACCAGCUCUUUGGGUCAGACUAAAUUAGAUCGAUAGUCUGACUAAGGCACCUUUUGCACCUUCUACUUUGGCUCAGACUGAAAAUUCUGAAGGUUCAGACCAAAUCAUUGUAGGUGUGACAUAUUUUUUUUCCUACUUCAGAGAACUUGAAUGUAUAAAAGAAACUUUGAUGAUGUACUUUUGUAAAUAAAAUCUGUAUGGUGCUA